AGAAGACCCAUACUGCGCCUACACCGAGAUGGCUGUGGCGUCCAUCAAGGACCGUAUCAUCAGCGACUCCAGCAACCGUCACUACAUCUUCGAUACCACGGAGCUGAGCUGUUACGGAAAGAUCAAAGGCUGGGUGUUCUACAGCACGCUCGACCAGCCCUUCAAGCCGGGCGUCUGGCGCAAGACUGCGGGCAACUACUACAAGCUGGUAGGGGAGAAUACGGUCUCGGCCAGCACCUCGGGCUACACGGCGGUUGAGGUACCGGCUAGUGACCGGAUCGCCUUCCAGCCGGGGGACAUGCUAGGUUUCCGCCACGCAUACCCGGCCCUGCACUACGACCUGAGCUUGGAGUCGGUGACGCUACGAUACAGGGGGAUGUCGGACUACUCCACCGACUACACGGUCGGCUCGACCUACAGUGUCAGUUCGACGACGACCAGGGCUUACUCUCUGAAAGCGUAUUUCGAAGACGAGGAUUUCACUGUCGAUUGCGAUAACGAGGUCCACGGUCCGGAGCCCAAAUCUCGCUCCUCGAACGACGGUGGUAAUUACAUCAUGAUCAUGCACAGCCAACCCUUCACGUGCUAUGGGCAGAUCAAGGGCUGGACUUUCUACGCGGCAAGUGACGGGGGCUUCAAGGCGGGCGUCUACAGACCCACCAACGAGGCCGAGACCACGUUUCGUCUGACUGGGGAGACGGACGUGCCCAGCGGGUACACCAACAACCAGGCCAACACGCACCUGAUUGAGGACGAGGCUGAGUGGUUGUACUUCGAGCCUGGUGACGUCCUCGGGUGGCGAUGGAACAGCGGCGGGUCCCGGAUCCGGCAUGACACGGCCACUGAUGAGUUCAUGGACAUGCGCUACACGAGUCACUCCGACGACGCUUAUAACAGCUAUAAAGUCGGGGAUGAGUUUACUGUCGGCAGCUCCCUGGAAAGAGCCUACUCAUUGCAAGCUGUUAUCUCGCCAUUAGGCUACAAGGGAUGUUUCUUCGAGAAUUACGCUGAUCGCGAGUUCACUGUACCUGUGGGCCAGUUUGGUCUGGCCGAAAUGACUCCCGAGAUAUGUAUCUCACGGUGCGCCAAGAAGUCAUACACAUAUGCGGCCCUUCAGGAAGGCAACCUGUGUUUCUGCAGUCAAUCUUAUGGCCAGAGUGAGAUAGGUAACUCCACCUCAUGCGGUGACUACCCGUGCCCCGGUAAGCCCCUGUACAACUGCGGCGGCGUGCUGGCCAAUAAAGUCUACGCCACGCCUCUGGUUCUCGUGGGAUUUACUUUGGAUGAACUACCAGAUCUGGAGGUCUGUUACCAGCCAGUUGACAUGGUUGGUAACAUUACGCGGGGGACCGGUGUGACCUAUGACUUCUACUAUGGCGACGGGUUCAGUGACCUUGCACUGUCUGACGCAGAAAUCAUCCACCACUACAACAAACCCGGGACAUACUCGAUCACUGCCACUGCAACGGACCUGUGGUUGAACAAGGAAAAUCAAACCAUCAGCGCCACCGUGGAAACCAACAUGACCGACGUGCUUGUAGACUGCCCUCUAGCGGUGGAGUACGACCACCGCUUUGGCUGUGAUUUCUACAUCUACCAAGGCACCAACCUGAGUGCCACGGUUGAUUUUCAAGAUGGCCGCAUCGUGUCCUUUGUCACCGAAGAUGCUGAGACGCUUUUCUACGGCCAGAUUGUUGACCAGGAUGCUUCCAUUAGCAACCAGCCAGUGAGCCGCGUGUACCUCAUGAUCAACUCGGUCAUUCAGCACGAAGGUCGCAUUGUGGCGUGGGAGAUGAACGCGAUCCAAACGGGGACGAUCACGCUGCAGGUUUAUCGACCACGUUGCACCAAUAACGAGGUGUACUGCCACCGGACAGCAAGCUGCCACCGGCCCAGCAUCAACUGCCAGGAGCAGGCAAGCCUCUGGAGCAAGACCUGUGGCGAUACGGGCCGCUUCAGCUUCACCCGCCGUGACUGCGUCAAGAACUCAGACGGCUUGUUCGAGGGCCGCCAUGUCUUCAGUGCCCUGCCCCUGGACUACGACUUUCUGUCGGAGUUCACGUACAGCAUCAGUGAGACCGGACGGAACUUCCUCACGCUGUCCCGAUCAGAACAUGUGGAUGUGAAACCAGGGGACGUCAUCGGAUGGUAUAAUUCCAACUCGGGCAAGCUGGCGUAUCAGUCAGCCGACGCGGCAAUCGAUGGACCCGAGCUUCUCCCGAGCACCAGCAACUACGGCAGUCGUCUCUCCAGUGGGUACAUUGCCUACUCCUCUGGCGCGUCCGCCCACAGCUACAAGCACGCCCUCAAGGCCCACGUGGUGCGCCCCUCCCACCUGCACGUCUUCCACAACUACACUUGGCCGGAGAAUCGAAGGAACGUCUCGGUCAACGCCAGCAACAACCUUGCCUCGGGCAUCUGGGACAUGCAACAGGAGAUCAAGGUCAUGGAAAAAGUCUCGUUGCUGUCAUUUGAGGCUCCUCUUUUGGCUGUUGUAACGGAAGCACAGAUUCUAACCAUCAAUUCUCACCUGGGUACUGAGGUGACUUACCACUGGUUCUUCGGCAACGGUGACGAGCAUGUGACCCAGGCGAUGUAUACCAACUACACCUGGCAAGAUGACGGGGUGUACAACGUCACGCUGAGAGCUUACAACGACAUCAGCCAGGACAUUUACGAACAUUACGUGGUCCUCCAGCAUCGCAUUCAAGGCUUUGACUGGAAGGACUCCAUCCCCGUGUCUAGCUGGACGGACUAUCCCAUCACGCCCAAGAUCUUUGGCAUGGAGACCGUUAUCAAUUUUGGCAUGGACCUGGGCACAAAUGUAACGUACGAGAUUGAUAUUGGCGACGGCAUAGUACCCACGUUUCUUCUUCGUCACGAUGAGGUCCUGAACGUAGGCAUGCUGUUAUACGAACCACCCCCACCCACCACAACCGUUGAGCCCAUGUACCAACUCAACUGCACCUUUGUCCUUGACAAUGUUACGGUGGCUGCCACUUUCCCGCCCACUUCUCCGCCAACAACCCCGCCCAUGCUCACCGAGAACGCAACCAUCAGUAAUAUGACCAUCGGCAAUGCUACCUUCAGCAACGGGACCUUCGGUAACGAGACCAUUGGAAAUGGAACCUCGUUUUAUGAGGUGUUUGAGACGACCACUCCCUCCGGUCCCCCGGGCCAGUGGGUCUGCGUCAACGUGACCAUCAACGGCAACAACGCUGGCGGGGGACCCACCAUGGAACCGGCCCGGAAUCUCUCUGAUCGUUUUGCAGUAGAGCACAAUGGUGUUUUAGGAAGCGUCUUCACUGUGUACGAGAAAAUUGGCUACUAUCCCGUGACCAUCAAUGCCUCCAAUAGAGUCAGCUGGGCCAUUAUUGACUCCACGGCCGUUGUCCAGAUUGAGAUCACCAAUUUCCACAUUGUGGACCCGCCCCCGAUGAAAUUCGGAGACACCGAGAUUGUCGGGGUGGGCUAUGACACCGGCAGCAAUCUGUCAUUCACUGGAAGUUUUGCAAGCAAUGAAUUGGAUCUGACUAACCAUUCGCUGUACUACAUGGAUGACAGGAACGGGGAAGGGUACAUCGUCAUCGGCCCGGACAAGUACGACGACAAAGGAUUCUAUGCAUUGGAGUUGACCACCUGGAACCUGGUCAGCGGCCCGAUAACGGACUCAGUGCAGGUCCAAGUGGAGUAUGCCAUCAAGGAAUUCCAGAUGGAGGUCUCCGAGAUGUACAUUGUUCCCUACACGAGCAUCUCCAUCCGAUUUGACAUGAAGAUUGGCUCCGAUCUGACCAUAGUGAUGGACACUGACGACGGAUGGUCCAGGACAUUCAUUGAUGAGGAGAUGAGACGGUCAGAUGGCGACCAUUACAUUCAGUGGCAUGAGUUCGGAGUCGCCCGGGAUUACAAUAUCACCAUCCACGCUACCAGUGCUGUCAGUGAUGAGUUGAUCUGGAUUGAGAUCAAAGUCCAGAAUCCGGUUGUCGAUCUGGCCAUGACGGUGUACACCCCUGGUGUCAUUCCCUACAUGGAGAUAGGUACCAUCAAGUACGAAUACGCGUUUAAUGGGGACCAGUCCAUGCCUCCCACUGACGCCACAGUCGAGUACUACUUAGCCAAGGGGAUUGAACCUGUGGAAGAUUUCCCCAUUGCUGAGACCAAUCCCGUCGUUCAUAAUCUCUCUCUGGCCCUGCACGGACCCUACUCUACCUUUGUCAACAUCUCCAACCUGGUGAGCUGGAUGAAUUUCACCAAGGAGAUUGAGAUGGAGAGGCCCAUUCUAGGUCUGAUUGUCACCUGUAAGAAUCUACACAUUAGGGUGUUAUACAAGGCUGUGCUGACGGCCACCAUAGACUGGGGCUCCCGUGUCAAGUGGCGGUGGUACUUCCAGGACGCUGACGAACCAGUGGAAUUGGGCAUCCGUGAUUCUCGGACUCGCAGACACAAGUACAGAGAUGAAGGCACAUAUUAUGUCUCUGUGGUGGCUUACAAUCUUCUCGGGGAGGUGGAGUACACUCUACCAGACCCAGUGAAAGUCCAGUAUCCAGUCGAAGGCAUGGAGUGGAUUGGCCGAAGACUGAGUCGGCUGUAUGUAGCCAAUAUCUACGUUGGUGUACCUUUCCAUCUUCUCCUUGUCAAAGAUAUCCACUUCCCGACCGAGGCAUCCUACGAGAUAGACUUCGGUGAUGGCCAGACCAUAGCUGCUCGAGAUCUUAAUAUGGACAGGGCAGACAGUUCAAAAGACACAGAAACCCAGUACCAUGUCUUGAGUGAGACCCACUACUAUGACACGUGGGGCCACUACAAUGUCACCAUCCGCAUUUGGAAUCUCGUCAGCGAUGUGACACUCCUCUUUGACAUCUGGAUCUAUGAAACCAUCACCCAACUGCAGAAGGAGGUUAACUACAACGAGCUCAUCAUGGAUGGAAGCUACUCCCCCGGCAAUGACACACUGGACCAGGAAGGAUUUGACGUCGGCAAGAACUACUUCAAGCUGGAGGAGGCCAUCGUCGUCAAGGCUACCAUGGCAUCCGGCACUGGUCUCACCUACACCUGGGACUUUGGGGAUUUGUAUUUCGAGCCGCCACCCACCACACCUGCACCCACAUUUGGGCCCACCACUAUGGCUCCGACCACACAGCCCCCAACCACACAGCCUAUUACCACUCUACCUCCAAACUGCACCUACGAAAUCGAAGAAUGGGCGGUGAGUAUGGCAGAUGAGCUGCUUCUUGAAGAUGAGGUCAAAAUUGAAGCGAUGAAUGCAUCCCUGAUACCCAACUGCUCCUAUCAAGAGGUGGUGGCCAAUACCUCAGUGGUUCUAAACGGAACAUGGAUGAACUCCACGGAUGAGAACGGCACUGAUAUUUACUGCAUCAUGGUCAACACAACGGGUGCCAAUGACACAUCCAUGGGUGGCAAUGACACCAUGUGGAACUCUACGGACACGAUGUUCAACACAACAUCCAUCUACUGUGUCAAGAACAUCACCAACACUACAGAUCCCGGUCCGAUAUACGAGCUCGUUUGUGAUGUCUCGCCAAUAUAUCUCCCCACCCAGAAGGAAUUGUGCGAGAUAUACGACAAUUUUGUCGGCAUUGUUCUCUACAACAGGACCUUUGAAAGAAUCGACAAUAUCACAAACGCAACACACUUUGAGCGGAUGCGCGGCGAGAACGACACAUCGCUCCAAAACGUCCGACUGACUGACCUGGUGGAUGAGUUGAAGGAUUAUUUUUGUCUGAACAUGGACAUUCUGUUCGACAUAGGUGAAUACCUCCUCCAAAACAACUUCACUACCACUCCGUCCCUCUGUCCCCUGCCGGAGCCGACACAACUCCCCACAACUGAAGCUGUAACCACACCCACACCACCUACUGAAACCCCAACAACGUUAGCUCCCUACGUUGUUCAAACCACCGAGCCACGGGCGAUCUGGUGGUACACCAAGAAAGGCAUUUACACGAUCACACUGAAUGUUUCUAACCCCGUACACUGGGUGGUCGUGGAGAAGACCAUCGUGGUCCAGCGUGGCAUCUUUGACAUGGUACUCACAGAUCAUGGACCUCGGGCCCGAAACACGACCAUCGAGUUUGAGCUGGACACCGGAAAUGCAGGGACAGACGUGUGCUACCAUGUGGAUUUCCGGGACAAGCAAUCUGAUAUCAACAACAUUGCUAUGUGGGGGCAUCGUAAGACCUGUGAGGAACGGUACCCAGAUGAGUUCCAGGAUCCCUUCCUGCGCUUUACAGAAGUCAGCAAUGCCUACUUGGCGGGCCUUCUUUUAGCAGGGAGGUCUCCAAACAUAACCCUCACCAAUGUCUUCCAGUCGGUUAACGCCUUCAGGAUUGUGGUUCAUGCCCACAAUAAAGUCUCUGAACAGACCGUCUACUUGCGGACUGCCGUGACAAAAGGCCCUUGCUACUACCCUGAAGUGAACGUCCGAGAUAACAACGGUUGUGAUCAGUAUUACCCCUUCUGCGACAGUGACGGCAACCGCGAGUAUUUUGCAUCCAAGGACAUGUUCGUCUUUUCCUAUGUCAAGAUCAACUGUACGUCCACUCCAUACACCAUGUACACAUGGAGGGCCUUCGAGAUCGCCGACACAACCGGCGUGGAGACUGAAAUAUUUGACUUGGGGGAGACGGAGAUGGCUGGCUUCACCCGUCGCGAGCUAGCGGUCAAGAGGUUUGUCCUUCCCUACGGCCUGUACCGCUUCGAGCUCAACGUGUCCAUGUGGGGGGAGCGCGGAGUAGAGUCCGUAGACUCUGCCACCAUCCGAGUGGUACCCACCCCAUUGGUUUCCAGGAUCUCCGGCGGGUCUGAGCGCAUCAUUCGCUGGAAUGACCAGGCCCCGGUGGACGGGUACACCGACACCUUGGACCCGGAUGUGGACCCGUCUGACCGAUCAGGAAUCCGUUAUGUCUGGCUGUGCCGUCGGCAGCAUGAAACGUAUCAAGAGUGGAACGCUGACUACACGGUGAUGAUCAAAGAGGGUGGAGUCAACGCGUCCUACAUCCAUGAGAAGGGUGACUUGGGAGGAUGCUUUGGGCGAUACGGUUAUGACACUUCUGGAUAUGGAGGCAUGUUGAACGUGACUUCUGGAGAAUUUGUGAUGGACACGUAUUACAUGCAUGAGCAGAUGGUUUACGAGUUAAAGCUGAUCGUGUUCAAGGACACCAGGCAAUCUGAAUACACACAAGUGCUAUACGUAGCCACCGGUAACCCGCCACGGAUGGAAAUUAGCUGUAAGACCAACUGUAAGUCCAAGCUGAACCCCACCAGUCGAUUCGCUCUGGAGUCAAGAAACUUGGACUACAGAAGAGGCAUGAUCCUGUAUUACAGAUGGGAGAUUUACGAAGCAAUCUCUGACGGCACGGCCACGACACUUGAGGUGGUAGACAGAGAGCAGUGGCUGUCCUACUCAGGGACCGGAGACGACAUGGCUAACCUAGCCAUGGAUGCAGGCUUCUUCACAGAUGAGUCCACAUACAGGAUACGUAUCUACUGUGACCGGUCUCCCGAUUUCUCAAACUUUGGCAUGGCAUCCCUGGAUCUGAUCACUAAUGAGCGGCCCAUUGUCGGCAACUGUAGCAUGGUUCCAGAGAACGGCACCGCUUUAGACACGGAGUUCAACAUCUUCUGCAAUGACUGGUCUGACCCUGACCUACCCCUCAACUUCCGCUACGCCCAACGCCUUCUGCCCACGGACUCCUGGACGUGGAUGUACAGCGGAGAGAAGCCCUACAUGGAUCAGCCGUCUAUAUUCCCCCAGGGCUAUGAAAGCGAGGACUACUACGUCUACAUUCUGGUCAGGGUGGACGAUUACAUCGGCUCGUAUUCAGACCUCGAGCUCAGGGUUCAGGUUGUUGCCCCAUCUCUUAGUGGUGACGACAUGACAGAGAAACUCAAGAAUCUAACGUCGGGAGAGGGCAGCGUCAUGUCGGAGAUGAUCUCGUCUGGCGACGCCGGUGGUGCGGCCAACAUCGUUGCGGCGUGUGCCGGAAUGUUGAACAUCGAGGCCAGUAACGCUGCCGCUACCCAGGCCACAACUGCUGCCACACACGCAGCAUCAACUGUCGAAAAUCUGAGAAGAAAGAAGCGACAAGCUGGCCAGGAUGGAGAAUUGACGGAAGAUGAACUCCUUGCCGCUCGUCUUGAGGCAGAGAGGAUCGCCGCUGAGCUAGCAGAAGCCAAGAGACUGGAAAGAGAACAGAUGCGUGAAAGCAUGGUGGGUGCAUUAUCCCUAUCCUCUCCUAACACCGUUGGUUCUAUGAAGCAGCUUACGUCGGCAUUCGUCCAGGCAUCGGGCUCAACCCAGGAAAUUUCAUCUACGACAGCGCAAAAUUCCAUGAAUACCGGUCUGAAAUUCAUGAGUCUUCUCCAAGAGAAAUCGGGGGAGGCAGGAGCAGACGAAGUGGAGGAAAGUGGCAAAGGAAUCCUAUCCAUGACUGGUAACGCCGUCAGCGGUAUCCAGAACAAGGCCAACCAAGCCCGAGCAGCGGCUGCAACAGUGGCUGCGUCUAGGGCAGCCAUGAUGGUGACGGGGGCGCCCAGUGUUGACUAUGACUACGCCGGCUCCUCCAGCUCCGUGGACAUUGAAGCUCUAGAAGCUCAGACGGCUAGCGAAGUGGCUGCUAUGAAUGACCUGAGCAAAGAGUUGAGCGAUAACACUAACAGCAUGAUAGGCAACCUGAUGGAUACAGUUAACGGCGGUAUGGUUACCGGCCAAGCGCCGAUCACCAUGCCUUCGGCGGGACUCAACCUGACUGUGGACAAAUCCUUCACCUCCGGUCUGGAUAACCGGCAAUACGGCACUUCCGGCGGAUCCUCCUUCAAACUUCCCUCAGUCACCUCCAUGUUCGGCAGCGGCAACGCAACCACGCUCUUCGUCGACGCCCAAGUAGUCAUCGAAAAGGAAAACAGUAAGACCUGGUCCAACUCUUCCAGUGACAUUGCCGGCCAGACGGCCAAGCUAAGCUUCCGGAACGAGACGGGAGGAGCCAUGGAGAUUAAGGAGCUACCAGAACCCAUCGAGGUCUGGGUGGAACGGACGGAAGAUCAGAUGGAUAUGUCUACCAUUCAGACCAUCUAUGAUGUGACCACACCCAUGACGGAGGCGGCUGUCGUCCAUACUAUCAUGAAUUCGCCUCACACCAGUAUGCAUCUGACUGUCAACGUCAUGCCGCAUAAUUUCACCAACGUGGACAACGUGACCAUGCAGCUAUUCAUCAGGGUGGGUCAGGCCCCGACGAUUGACCUCUAUGAUUUCAACUGCACUCUUCCCAAACGAUAUGAUGGCUACGAAUAUGUCAACGUCUCGCUGGAUGAACUACCCGAUCCAAACACGUGCUUCUUCAGUAACACACUUUUGGACAGUUACGGCAAUGGCAGCACUGUUCCCAUCUAUGUGAUCAUCAAGCAUACCGGAGGCAGCAACGCGUCUUAUCCGGAGUAUCUGGAGACUGGUCAGUACAAUAAUUUCUGGCAGAUUCAUUACGCCUUGCGACCGUGGAGCGCCAAGUGCUCCUACUAUGAGGAAGAGACGGAAGAGUGGCUGAGCGACGGCUGUGAGGUGGGACCGUUGACCACUUUGUACAAAACCCAGUGCUUCACCACUCACCUGACGGCGUUCGGCGGUGGGUUCCAAGUCCCCAUCAACGGCAUCGAUCUCUCAGACUCGGCCUUCGGCAAGCUCGACGAGAACCCGUUGGUAUUCAUGUUCAUGACGUCAUGUCUGUGUGUAUACAUGAUCGUCAUACUGUGGACUUACAAGGCCGACCAGAGGGAUAAGGUCAAGGCUGGAGCCACCCCAUUGCCAGACAAUGACCCACGUGACCAUUUCAUGUACGAGAUCACAGUCUUCACUGGAAUGCGUGCUAAUUCAAACACCACAGCCAAAGUUUCGCUGAUCAUCACAGGCGACGCGGAGGAAUCCCGUCCCAGGCUUCUAGACGAUCCCGAGCGUAAGGUCUUCCAGGUGGCAGGCAUCGACACCUUCGUCGUGGCUGCUCCGAGAUCCCUGGGGAAUCUGCAGCACAUCCGAGUCUGGCAUGACAACACGGGCAAGUCGGCCAGCUGGUACCUGAGCCGUAUGUCCAUCAAGGACCUACAGACGGAUAAGAUGUACUACUUCAUGCUGGAUAGGUGGCUGGCCGUGGAAGAAGAUGAUGGGCAGAUUGAGCGUGUUGUUCCAAUUGCUGGCAAGAGCGAGUUGACCAGCUUCGGCUUCCUCUUCUACUCCAAAACCCGGCGUAACCUGAGCGACGGCCACUUGUGGUUCUCGGUCUUUGCCCGGCCGGCUCGCAGCAGCUUCACCCGCAUGAUGCGCUGCACCUGUUGUCUCUCCCUGCUCUUCUCAACGAUGAUGUCCAACAUCUUCUUCUACAAUGUGGACGUGACAGGCGGCAACAGCGGCGGCUCGUUUGUCCUGGGCCCCAUCAGCGUCUCCGUCGGCGAGAUCUGCGUCGGGGUCAUCAGCAGCCUGAUGGUCAUGCCAGCUAACCUCAUCAUUGUCCAGAUGUUCCGGCUCUCAAAGCCCAUCCCAGACAAGAUCAAUUGGUUCUCCUGGUUCCGGAAGAAGAAAGAGAAUCCCCAAGACGGGGACAAAUCUACGGAGGAGGUGGAACGGGACAAAGCUGAGCGGAUGGACGAGAAGGCCACCUCAGAGUUGGAGAAGCAGUUGGAGUUUCUCAACACGGGCGACGACGACAAGAGGCUUCUGAAGUCAGCCCGGAGGCGGUCGGUGCGGUUUGCAGACGAGUCCGCAGGAAUCCAGGAAGUUAAAGAAGACGGUGAGCAGGACGGCGGAAGCAACAACACUGACAGCGAGGGGAUGAAGCUUGUCGCUGGCGUCAAGACCAAGAAGAAGAAGCCCAAGUUUAUGCUGCCCUGGGGUUGCCAGUUCAUCGGCUGGGUGGUGGCGGUGGGAACAGUAGGCGUCUCUUUCUGGUUGACCAUCGAGGUAGCUGGCCAGUUUGGACCGGAGAAGGCUGCCGAGUGGCUCUCAUCCAUUGCCUGCUCCCUAGUCCAGGACAUUUUGUUUUCCCAACCCAUCAAGGUGUUAUGCCUGGCCACAUUUUACGCUCUCGUCAUCAAGCGUCCAGACAAGGAAGACGACCAGCCCUCCACGCCACACCUUAAGUCGGACGAGGAGUACAUGCACGAGCGGCUGACAGAAGAAGAACUGAAGGAUCCAGAGAAACUGGCUCAGCUGGAACGGCAGAAACAGGCCUGCCCUGUCAAGCCACCAGAUACUGAUGAACUAGAUGAGGCCAGGGAAACCAGAUUCAAAGAAAUCAAGAUGAACCAAAUCUUGAAGGAGAUUGCCUUGUACAUGUUCUAUCUCUACAUCCUCCUGCUGAUUGGCUACGGCAACAAGGAUCCCAACAGUCAUAAUGUCUACACAUCCGUCAAGAAUACCUUCAUAGAUGCUCACUACAACGGCAUCACGCCUCUUUCUUCUGUCAAAAACCGACCUCUGUUUUGGAAGCACAUCAAGGAAGUCUUCGUCCCGUCGCUGUACGCGGGAAAUCACUACAAUGACGAACUGGACGACGAUUCCUUCCAGCAAAAAUAUGUCGCCGAUCGGGCACACAUACUGCUCGGCACGGCCCGUCUGCGACAAGUCCGAGUGUACAGCAAUUCCUGCAAGAUUGAAGAAGUGAUGAGAACCACCAUCAACCACUGCUAUGAUGAGUACUCGGCCGCUGAUGAUGUGGAGAUCUCGUACAACGAGGGAUGGCAACCAGUCAACGAGACAACUCCCCCAGACUACGAAUCCUCGCCGUUCCUGGGUGUCUGGAAGUACCGGGGCUGGCUGGAGCUCGACUCCUACCCGGCCUUCGCCGACCAGAACAGCUACUACGGCGGGGGUUUCACGGUCAAUUUUGGCGUCGACAUCCUAGCGGAUAUGGAGAUGAUUGACUACCUGGAGCAGAACUCGUGGAUAGACCAGCAGACGAGGGCAGUGUUCCUAGAGUACGUGCUCUACAACCCUGUCUCCAACACCCACGUGCUGUCGCUGAAUGUGGUGGAAUUCCCGUCCAUUGGAGGCGCUUUCCCGUACAUCAAAUUCCAAACCAUGACGUUGGACCACUACUAUGGACCCUUUGCCUACUUUGUCCUGGGAGCUGAGAUCAUCUUUGCUCUGUUGCUGCUCUUCUACGUCGUCAGAGAGGCGAGAAAAAUCAAGAAAGAGAAGAAGGCUUACUUCAAGAGCGUUUGGAAUGUUUACGAGGUUAUCAACCAUGGGCUCUCUAUCGGAGCAAUAGUGGCUUACAUGUAUCGUCUAUUCCAGGCCAACGAACUCACGGCCGAAAUACUGGCUGCCCCGACCGAGUUCCACAACUUCCAGUACCUGGCCUACUGGGACGACAUAUACCUAACGAUGGUUACAUUGUGUUUGUUCCUGGCGGUCAUCAAAUUUACGCGACUCCUGAGAUUCAACGUUAAGAUGCUCAUGUUGACGGAGACUGUCAGUAGAUUUGCCUACGAGCUUUCCCUCUUCAUGAUCAUGUUCAUGGUGGUGUACAUGGGCUACGCUAGCUUCUGCUUCCUAGUCUUCUUCCAAGUCCGUGACUACAGAAACUUCCUGACGACACUGGAAUCACUCUUUGGCACACUACUGGGCAAGUUCUCCUUUGAGGAACUGGUGAGCGCUGAUCCUCUCAUGGGGCCCAUGUUCUUCUUCACCUACGUCAUGGUGGUCAUGUGGACACUGACCAACAUGCUGCUAGCCAUCAUCUGUGAAGCCUUCUCUCAGGUGAAACAAGAGGCAGCCCAGCGUAAGAACGAACUGGAGAUUGUGGACUUCAUGGUCGGCCGCUUCAAGCUCUGGAGCGGUUUCUCCGAGAAGAGAAUCAAAAACGACGGCAAGGUGCACACUUACAUUGAAGGCAUCGACCCUAAGCAGGCAGAGUGCGAUGACCUCAAGUUCAAACUGGACGACAUGAUCGGCAAACUCAACGACUUCAUCAAAGCUACCAAGAAAGAAGACAGAGAAGUCCUAGGAACUGAAACGGAAGAGGAGGACAAACCCAGAGUCAUCUUUCUGGGAUAAAUAAAAUAUGCGAGGAUCAGCGAUGAUGAAUAAAAUAGAUUUAAAGGCAUAUAGGAUCAUUUGCAUUUGUCCCAAAAGUAUAAACCGACCGAAUUAUUAUCACAAAGCUUACUUGGAUUGAAGAUUGUGCUGGUACUAUAAACACUCCUGUGAAAUUAUUCCAUCUGGCUUGCUGUCAUUUUGAAGAAAUCAAGAAAUGUAGGUGAUUUCCAACGAUCAGUCAAUUGACUGUUUUUUUGGAAUAAAGUGCUCUAUUGACAAAAUCACGAUUUGUGAUCAAAACGUUGUGCAUGGUUUUUCACUGUUUUCUCAAAAAGUGUAAUAUCCACUGAGUUUAAAUUUCAACAGGUUAGGUUUGAACAUCAUUCUUUGGAUUUUGAGCGGUGUUUUUAUCGGAAAUAAACAAAAUUCACGAGAAGCAAACGGUCCUAUUUGCCUUUGAUAUUAGAAAGUAUUUUAAAAAAAUAAUAGUAUUGUAAUUACUCUAAAGGAGCUAUUGUUUUUGUUAUUGGUUUUUAAAAAUUGAACUUGUAGUAGAUGGCUAUAUUGUAUUAACUAGCAAUUGAAGGAAUUUUAUUAACUUUAACAAUUGCAGGAUAUGUUAUGUAUACAUUCAGAGGAAAUAUUUAAAAUUCUACAGGGCAAGCCUAGAAAAAUUUGUUGCAGUGCGCAUAUUGAUUUCAACUGACAUUACUUUAAUCUUCAACAUGUCAAUAUUAGCUUUUUGCCCUUCACCAACGUUUAAACACUGUAUACUCAGUGUGUUACUUCCCGAGUGAAAGUUGGAAAAAAAUCACUCGGGAGGGACUCGAACCCAUGACCUCCUGCUUUCUAGUGCAGAUGUCUUACCACUCGACCACCGAGCCUAUGGGAUCGGUUGGCUGGUUCGAAUCUGAUGUUCAUAACUUUGCAUAGUUAUCCAUCUUCUAUUAAAAUAUGAUUAUUUAAUAUUAGGAACAUGCGAAGAGCAUGCCCAAAAUAUAGAUACAUUCAUAAGUUUGUACCAGAAAUAAUACCAACUACAGUAAGUUAGCGUCCCCUUUUGAAAUUUCCAGCACUACCAAAUUUUGACUACCUAGGGCAGACAAAUUCAUGGACAUGAUAAAGAUGGUUCCUAGCAUGUGUUAUGUUUGGAUUUUUUCUCCCUCUUUUCCAGUUUACAUACACAGAUCAUUUUACAUUCAUGUAUUGAAAUGAUAAGAUGCAAUUCUUUUCAUAAACUAUUGUGUAAGAAAAUUAGUAACUGCUGACUGUUUUGGAGUGAGAAUUCUAUUAGCUUAAGGCAUGUAUUACAUCGAUGCCAGAUUUUGACCAAGGUUUUGAUUUUGUUUGGUGUUUCUGAAUUCGGGAUGAAAACUGACAAAUAAAAGACCAGUUCAAGGAUUGAUGUUUCGCACUUGA